AUGGUGAAGCGCACGGCGUUGUUUAUCGCUAUCGAGAAUGGGCGCUUGGACGCGGUGCGGCUCUUGUUGGAUCGGCGGUGGAGGGUUAAUGUUAAUGCUAAGGAUAGCAUUGGAGAGACCCCACUUUUUCUGGCAGUUAGGGAAGGAAAGGCCGAGAUAGUGCAAUUACUUCUAAGCGACGAAAGGGUGGACCUCGGCCCGAGAUUAGAUAGCAUGGGAUGGACUUUGCUACAUGCUGCUUCCGGCGCUGGGCAUGAAGGGGUAAUUCGGACACUCCUGGCGGAUGGGAGGUUCGACGUGAAUUACCUGCGCGAGUAUUCUGGCACACCAUUGCACACUGCGGUCCGCCAUAGACACAUAGACGUUGUGCGCGCCCUUCUAGAGGAUCCCCGCACUGAUGUCAAUGUUUCGAGUUGGUGCGGUGUUGGAUUCCAGCUGCGACACCCUCUGGGUCCGUGUGGGAAAACCGCACUGCAUCUUGCCGUGUGUUCCGAAUCCUCAACACUCCUAAAACUCAUCCUAUCCCACGAACGGAUACAGCCCGACCUGCAAGACAAAGAAGGCCGCACACCGCUCAGCCUAGCAAUCUUCUCGGGCCAAAAGCAAUCGAUCCCCAUACUUUUGUCCGACUCCAGAAUAGAUGUCAAUUUGGCCGACAUCCACGGGUCGACACCCCUCCAUCACGCUGUCUCGAAAAACUCUCUAGAGAUGGUGAGAUUGCUGCUAAGCGAUUCCAGGCUUUGCACAAACAUUGCAAACCUCAACCUAGAGACGCCUCUGCACGUCGCGGCAAAGAAUGGAUACGAGGAAAUCGUGAAAAUCUUGAUGAACGACUCCAGGGCCAAACUUGAUUGCCGGGAAUCUAACGGAAGGGCACCAUUGAUGAGCGCCGCGAUCGGUGGGAGCGCUUCUGUCGUGAAACUUUUCCUGGAGGACGGCAGGGCGGACGUCAACGCUCGAUGUUCCAGGGGCCUGACAGCGGUGUACGUCGCGGCAGCGAUGGGUCAUACCGAGGUGACAGAGUUACUCAUA